AUGACUGUUGUUAUUCAAACACGUGAUCGUUGUCGUAUUUGUUUUUCAUUACUUUUACGUGAUCGUUCAAUAUGUUGUCAAAAAUCUUAUGAUUUAUUUAAACAUAUUGAACGACGAAAAAUUCCAUUUAAUAAAUUAAAUUCAUAUCAAAUUAAAAUACGAAAUCAAACUGUUUGUUUUCAUGAUUUAAUUUUACGUUAUUUACAUACACAAAUACAUCAAACAAGAAAUUUUUCAAAUUUAAUAUGUUAUAAUUGUUCAAUAAUAUUAUUAGAUAUUGAACAAUGUGCUAAAUAUUUACAUAAAAAAAUUAAUCAAGUUAAAAUUAAAUUAAAUAAAACAAAUCGUCUUCGAACAUCAUCAUUAUCAGCAACAUUUCAAAAGAAAAAACAACAAACAACAAUUAUUAAACAAGAACAAUUACCUAUUAUUAAUUCAGAUUCUGAUGAAGAAUUUGAUAAUAUUGAUGAUGAAGAGGAUAUAUGCUCAUCAUCAUUAAAUUAG